GGCGGCGAUGCCAAUUGCUCAGGUAAAUUUCCUCUUUCACCUCUCACGUAAACUUGACAGUACGGCAUCGUUCGUAACCGAUAAUCGUUAUUUUAACCAUUUUAACAAUAAAAAGUUGUACCCGUAGUCCUGAUAUGGAACAAGUCAAGAAACGUGCACCGAAAACCAGUAGGCGCCAGUAUAUGCUCUUCUUGGAAGAGUUAGCACGGAAUGAAGUGUUUCGUUGUAAAAGGGUUUCCCAAGACAAUCUCAAUAUCAUCGAGGAUACCUGGAAGAACCUUACUUUAUCGUUAAAUAGAGUCGGCGGUCCUCAGCGAGAUACGCAUGCAUGGAAGAGGAUUUUUUGUGACUGGAAGUCGGCCGUCAAAAAAAGGGCACGACUUGUUCGAGCUUCCACAACAGAAUUGCAUGACAAACCACUUACCGAUCUAGAAUUGAAAUUGCUAGAAAUACUAGGAAAUACUGUAGUCCAUGACGUGAAUAAUAUUUAUCCUAUUCACUCGGUAACAGUUGAUGAUCCACUUGCAAUCUAUGGAAACACUACGUUGGUAGGAAUGCCUACAGAAGCGUUAUACAAUCGUGUUGUCUGUGACCAUCAUUUUAACGAUACCGAUUUCUUAAAUGCAAGCAAAGUCCACUUAACCAAAACUGCAAUUCCCAAACCACAUUACGAAGUUAAGACUGUAAUAAAGAUUGAACCUUCAAGUGAAGAAGAACCUCCUGCAACUCAAACACAGCAGUAUCCAGGACCCUCUAGAACCACUUCACCUGUAUCUUCAACAUCAAUUGCAGCUGUUACUGGGACCAUCGUUACGCCAGAAACCGAAAAUUGGUUGCAGGACAUUAGUUGCAUACAAAACCAACCAAAUCGACAACUUAAAGAGCAGACCGGUGAAAUGAAACAAGAGUUAAUGAGAACAUUAUAUACCUAUGAAGAUUUGGUCAAGAAAGAAGAUUUGUCCUCUCUGGACAUGGAGUUUUGUGAAGAACAAACAACGAGGGCAGACGACUCAGAAGUGGAAACUCCAACAAAAAAGCGAAGCCACUCGGGUGCUUCAACAAGCUCAACUAUAGAGCACCCAUUUGAAAGCACAGCAAUUCCACUUUCAAAUGGUAUGCAGGCUAUAAUGGAACAAAAUGCAGAGUCAGAAAGAACUAAAUUAAAUGUAUUAAAUGAAAUUAAUGAGAGUUUAAAAAAAUUAGUUGAAUUGGAAGAAAAAAAGUUCAAAUUAAAAUUGUUUAAAUUUCGUCUAAGACAUCCUGAAGCUAAAUAUGAUGAAUAAAAAUAAUUUAAGUACAAACUUCCUCUGCGCGGCCGUUAUGUUUGCAUGCAAUUGAAGCAUCAUAUUUGUAUGAACCAAGUAGGAGUGGAUUUAUCUCACGAUUUAUGAAUAGGCGGCUAUAUACAGGGUACGUAAAUUUAUCAUACUUGAGUUUCAUAGUUUUGAAAAGAAUUUAUUGGUUUUACAUUGUUAGUUAAAAGGAAUAGAAUAAUAAAUGCGUAAAAGAACGAUAAAAGCGCACAUGUUGGCUACACGACGAGUAUGAAUUACUGUCAACAGUUUCUUUUUUGUUGUUGUUGUUCUUGUUUCUUUAUCUUUACUUUCGAGUGUAUUGUUUUUUUUAAUUUUUUUUUUCGUUUGUCAAGGUCAAUGGUAGAACGCUUGAUGCAGACCUUUCUGCAUUUAGGCGAAUUGAUCUUUUUGGCUGAGAUUGUUUACUUACACAUUAUAUAUACGUCUUUUUUUUUUAUACUACAUAUAUUCAGUCAAUAAAGUGCAAUUAUUAUUAUUAUUAUUAAACAAAUAUAGCAAACGAGCCUCUGGGUAUGGCUAUAGUUUGGCAUUGCGUAUUAUACGUAUGUCUAAAGCCAUGUUCAUUUUGAAUUUCAUGCCAUUCGGUAACUAACGGAAUGUCAAAAUGGCCUUCCCCAUUGUUCAUCUAUAUUGCCAUUUCAAUCCGAUCUACCAUUUUGAUAAAGAAUGUACCUGCCAAAAUUUCAUCGGAAUCGGUAGAUUCAUUUCCGAGAUAUCGUGCUAACGGACAGACUUUGCAAAACUAUGAAUUUCUUAUAACUAGGUAUAUACCCAAUAUGAGCAUUUUAAAAA